AUGGAGUUAUUGAAAAGGUGGAAGAAGCGGGACUCUUGGAAUUUACUUCGCUUUCUAGGCCAUGAUUGUGCAGUUCCUUGGCUAGCUUUUGGAGAUUUCAAUAAGAUUACUAGCUCUUUCGAGAAGAAAGGUGGAAGGCUUCGACCUGAGGGACAAAUGGCAGAAUUUCGUUCUGCUUUCGAAGAUUGUUCACUUCAUGAUAUUGGUUUUAAUGGCAGAUGGUUUACUUGGGAAAGGGGGAGGUUUUCGUUUACAAAUAUUCGUGAAAGACUGGAUAGAGGUGUUGCCUCUUUUCAAUGGAUAGACCUGUUCCCAUGGUUUUCUUUGGAACAUUUGAACCAUUCGUUCUCUGAUCAUUGUCCAAUUCUUGUGGACACUUUUGGAAAGUUGCGCCUUGACAAUAGUCGAAAACAAAGUUGCUUUCGUUUCGAAGCUAAGUGGUGCUUGGAUAAUUCUUUUGAAGAGAUUGUUCGUAAGAUAUGGGCUGUUCAAAAUGACUGUUUACCGGAUCCGACUGAUGAAAUUUUGGCUGAAAUUUUAGAGGUGCAACUUGGUUUGAAUCUUGAAGCGGAUAAAGAGGAGUUCUACUGGUCACCACGUGCUCACAUAAAUUAG